CCUCUGCCGGCCUGCCCCAACCGGCCAGGCGCCAGGCACCAGCCUGCGGGCGCACCUCAUAGUCGAUCCAAUUGAGAAUUUCAGAUGGAGGGAGAGGACCAAGCCCAGGAGGGGAAUGGAGAGCAGGAGCAGGGAUGCACCGGUAUUGGGCGCGGCCGUGGACGGGGACGCGGAUGGGGACAGGGUUCAGUAGCUGAGGUUGAGCAGCAACCGGUUGGGAUCGGGCGAGGGCGAGGGCGAGGUGCUGGUUAUCCCCAAAAUUCUACUAAAACACUUAUAGUUGGCAAGAAGAAAAUGGUAACAAGAGGUAAAAACAAGAAACUACCUGCAGAUAUGCAAUGAUUCUACUACAUUUGUUCAAUUGACAUUAAGAUUUUGCUUGUAUCGUGGAUUAUGUAGAUUUGAAGACCUUUUUUUUCAAGUAUGAGUGUCGGCUCGAGCUCCACCUCCCGCCCUAGUACCCGGGAAAGUCAAAAUGCAGCUGAUGUGGAAUAUCGAGAAGUGGUUCAAGAUGAAGAAUCAGCUCAAAUACAGUCUGUGGUUGCUGAAAUUGAUGGUGGGGCAGUGGUAGAACAACAACCUGAAGUUGAGCAACAGCCGGUUGGUGAAGGGCAUAAUGGAGAUGGAGAUGGAGGUAUUAAUCUUAUACGUGAAUUUGACCCAAAUGUUCAUGUUAUUAGUGAUCCGGCACUUCGAAUACCAUUUGAGCAAUUUCAUCCAAAUAUUAUUGAUGAAGUCAAGAGGGCUUAUUUGUUGAAGGGUCCGACCCAACCCAAAGAUCAUACAUUUGUUCGUGAAAAAUAUAGGGCCUUUCGAGCAGCAUGGUUUGCUGAUUAUGAUUGGUUAGAAUAUAGUGUGACAAAAAAACAGCAUAUUGCUUCUAUUGCUUUCUUUUUAGGAAAGAGGCUGAUCAUGAAAAUUUUGGUCAUGAUGUUUUUACUAAGAUAGGAUAUACAAAUUGGAAGCAAGCAGCAAGUAGAGGAUUCCCAGAUCAUUGCCGUGCUAUUAAUGGUUGCCACAAUAAAGCAAGGCAAUGUGCUGUUGACUUCAGUAAUCAAAUGAAAAGUAUCUCACGGAAGUUUGAGGUUAAUUCUAUAACUUCUGAGCAGCAAUAUGAGAUUCGUGUGAACGCUGCAUUAGAUAUUGCUAGAUUUCUCAUUGCCCAAGGUCAUGCAUUCCAUGGACAUGAUGAAUCUUCUUCUUCCUUAAACAAAGGAAAUUUCUUAGAGAUGCUUGAUUGGUACAAGAAAAAGAAUAAUGAGGUGAGGGUUGCAUUUGAUGAAUUGUGUCCAAAAAAUGCCCGCAUGACUUCUUCCGAAAUUCAAAAGGACCUUACACAAAGUUGUGCACUAGAGAUCAGCAAAGUGAUAAAGGAGGAGAUUGGAGGUAAUCUGUUCUCUAUUCUUAUUGAUGAAUCUCGAGAUAUAUCAAUUGCAGAACAAAUGGCUGUCAUUGUGAGGUUUGUAAAUAAAAAAGGAAUGGUUGUGGAAAGGUUUUUGGGUCUCAAGCAUGUGGAGGACACAACAUCAAAUUCUCUAAAGAAAUCUUUGCUAUAAAUGCUUGCAAAGUAUGGGUUAUCUGUUGGUAAAUUACGAGGACAAGGAUAUGAUGGGUAACCAGAUUUUUUAGCACUAUAGCUCAUCACGUCAGUGUCUAUCUCAUCACCUAGGCGACUAGUACGCGCCUCAAUGUUGAGAGGAACGAAGUUGCACGAAAACUGGCUGUUACACAGUAUAGUUUACCUUCAUUUGUGUUUGCUAAGCACUAGGCAGAGGCAGACACAUGAUGAGAAGUUGAGAACAAUCCACGUCUUCAUUUGGCUCUCACCUAAAAAAGGUUAGGUCUAAAGAUUGUUUUUUUUUUUGGAGAAGGUCUAAAGGUGGAUUAUACAUUCCAGAAAGAGUCGAAGAGGAGACAAAAUAUUAUCCAAAAUGGAAUUCAUAGACCACCGGUUUCCAUUGCUAGAGCAGAACAACUGUUCCAAAUCAAUGGGGUCCAGCCGUACAUGAAGGCCCCUCCGAUCAACGAGGGCUGCUGCUCUGAUCUGCCUCCGGGAAAAUAUCUGGCAACAGGGAGGGAGAAGGACCACCGGUCGCCGGCGGGUCACAUCGUGGUCGUCGACCAGCGAUCGGCACUCGCGUCGCUCGCCGACUACCGCGACGGGAGUGGCUGCCCGAGCCCGGGGAUCAGGGGAUUCCAUAGAUAUAA